AUGGAUACACGAAGAUUACUUGAGAACAAAGGAGAAGGAUUAUUCCCAAAUUCCGGAAUUGGAUUUCUUUGGUGUCCUCGAGAUGAUAAUAACUUUUCACAAUCUGGAGCGUUAUUCGCAAGCGUAGGACAGAUGGGUAAAGGGGGUUUCAGUGGGGUUUCCCCUAAUUCGAAGAACACCAACAAUAAUGGCGGAGUGAAGCUCCCAUAUUCAUCCAAAUUCGUUUCAACACCAGAAUCAAAUUUUCGUGCUGUUGGGGCACCAGAGAUCGAGGUAGGGGAAGAGUGGGUAGGGGGGUUGAAGAAGAAGAAGAAGAAGAAAAGCGGAUUGAAAUUAAAAAUCAAAAUUGGGAAUCCAUCUUUAAGGAGAUUGAUCAGUGGAGCAAUUGCAGGAGCAAUAUCAAGAACUUCUGUUGCUCCUUUGGAAACUAUAAGAACUCAUUUAAUGGUAGGGAGUUGUGGGCAUUCUACUGUUGAGGUUUUUCAGGAUAUUAUGAAAACAGAAGGCUGGAAAGGACUUUUUAGGGGUAAUUUAGUCAAUGUCAUUCGUGUUGCCCCUAGCAAGGCAAUUGAGUUAUUUGCUUAUGAUACCGUGAAGAAAAAUUUGGCUCCUAAACCGGGAGAAAAGGAAAAACUUCGUGUACCGGAAUCACUGAUUGCGGGGGCGGUCGCCGGAAUCAGCUCUACCAUAUGCACAUACCCUCUUGAACUACUCAAAACCCGUCUCACAGUACAGAGAGGCGUAUACAAAAACCUUGCCGACGCAUUCCUCAAAAUCGUUCAAACCGAGGGGCCCGCAGAGCUCUACCGCGGGCUCACCCCAAGCCUAAUCGGCGUCAUCCCAUACGCCGCGACAAACUAUUUCGCAUACGACACGUUACGAAAAGCGUACAAAAAGCUCACAAAAGAAGAACAAAUCAGCAACAUUGCAACUUUGUUAAUCGGGUCAGCGGCGGGCGCGAUAUCGAGUAGCGCGACUUUCCCGCUUGAAGUGGCACGGAAACAUAUGCAAGCGGGUGCGAUUAAUGGAAGGGUUUAUGAUAACAUGUUGCAUGCUUUGCUAACGAUUUUUGAGAAAGAAGGGAUUAAGGGGUUGUAUAGGGGUUUAGGGCCAAGUUGUGUGAAGAUUGUUCCGGCUGCAGGGAUUUCAUUUAUGUGUUAUGAAGCUUGCAAGAAGAUUCUUGUGGAAAAGGAAGAGGAGGAAACAUGAAAGUUGAAAUUUUUGUUUGUGUUUUUUUGAAUAAAGGGUUUUGAAGUAUGGAUUAGGGUUUUGGGUUUUGAUUCAUGUCUUUGAAUGGUAGUUUUUGGUAUAGGGGUUUUUGCAUAAAUUUUGGAUUAUUAGGGUUUAUGUUAAUUUAUUAUCGAUUUUUGGGAAUUAAUCUUUGUUU